AUGGCACGCAAGGGUCGCGCAACCAUAAAGACGCCUGACAAGUACAUCACUGUCGAUUCGGAUAGUGGAGAGGAGAGUCCUUCUGUCGUCGUCUCCAAACAGAGGAGUCGCAGAAAGUCAACUAGACCUGAGGGGGAGAACGUCGAUCCCGUGGCUUCGCGUGAUGGCCUAAACCUCUCUAAAGCGCCAGGUCCACAAGACGGCCGCCGUCAGCCUCGCCAAGAUGCCCGAACCGGGGGACAAAGCACCUCACUUGCGGGUUCGCUGUUUCCAGACAACCAUAGCGACGCGGAUUUUCCCUCCAUCCAACCUACCCACACUACACUCUCUUUUGCAACCGAUUCUCAAAACCAGCCAAAAUCGUCCUCUCGCGCUGAGACAUCUGCAAGACGUGUGCGCACUACUGGCCCAGCACGCGGUCAAGGUCGCGACAACACUGACGAUUCCGACAUGUCCAACAAACCUAUCCAGGGUGGCGCCUACAUUCCGCCUAAUCAGCAACGCAACAUGCGCGCCUGCAUGGUCUGCUCCGUUGUUCGAACCCAGCAGCAGUUCCUGACCGAAGGCUGCCCCAACUGCGAAGACGUCCUCGAGCUCGCCGGCAACCCUGAACAGAUCAACGACUGCACAUCCCAGGUCUUCGAUGGCCUCAUCUCAGUUUCGGAUACCUCCAGGAGCUGGGUUGCCAGAUAUCAACGUCUCGAGGGCUACAGGCCAGGUGUCUAUGCUACCCAAGUCGAAGGCAUUCUUCCGGAAGACGUUAUUGGCCUUGUGGAGAGCGCCGGCAUCAACUACGUCCCCAGGGACGGCAGCGAGCAGGACACACUUCCCCGAGACUAGAAGUCUAAUCAUACUGAACACGAGCGACGGAGUUAUGGGGAAAAACGUUAUAGUCUUUGGAAAUUGCAUUUCAAAUGAAAGUAUACAGGUAUUCCGAGCAUCAAUCCAACUAAUUUCACUUA